CCCUAUCACCCCAUUGGAGGUCCUAAAGAAAGUCAUAAAAGAAUCGAAAAAUCGGUUCUGCGUGGUCGGAGCAAAGUCAAUAUCGGGUUAAUCUCACUCCGGUUAAGCGCACCUGGUCCUUGUAAGCUUCCGUCUUAAGGCAACGGCGCGGCGGCUAAAGCAUGUGACGGGUGAAGUUCACUCAACUCGUCAGUUAUCUCACCUUCCUUUCUUCACUUGAGACCCCAAUUUCAAUACACAGCCCAGUAACGGAAGGCGCCAGUUGUGGUCAACUACAUUUCCGUUCAGAUUCACAGAGGAUAUAUCAGAGUUCCACGUCUUUGCUUUUCGAACAUCGCCAGCCCUUUUUACGACCCGCCUUGAUAUGGCGCAUUUCUCCGAUUUACCGGUCGAUAUACUCUUCGUCAUCCUGAACUACCUGAAUAGAAGGGAUUACGACGCACUCGUACGAGUAUCCAAGUCGCUCAACAAGGAAGCGAUACCUUAUCUGUAUCGCGACAUCAAAUUCGAGGCCACGAAAUCCCGCGAAUGUGCGCGGAAGCUCGCUUUCCUCCUUCGAACUCUGCUCGAACAUCCUCAACUCGCCUCCCAUGUCACUACCUUCAAACUGCGCGGUCCGCUUCCCUGCUGGACCAAAUAUAAUCCUUGGCCGGAGGAAGCGAGGCGUACAUCCGCCGUGAACCUCUGGGGACUCGAGGGCUGCACAACGCUUUCCAAAGCCCAAAAGAUCUUCGCGUCCAACCUCUUCUAUCAGCUUGUUGACGAGAGCAUGCACAAGUCACAAGAGCAGUUCAAGGGCCGCAACAAGGACGCCUUGGUCAUGUUAGUACUAACACGCUGUACCGGACUGGCGAAAUUGGAUCUCGGAGACGGAUUCUUGAUGUAUUCGCUCUUUCUUCCGCAGAUUAUGAAGCGAGCAGACCGUCUUUUUCCUAAGCUCAGCCACGUCGUUCUUGGUGAUAAGAGACCGGACCCAGAAAACGGAGUUUCGUACAUGGAUCUCGACCUCAUUCGGCCGAUCUUUUACUCGUCGACGGUGAACAGGUUUGAAUACACGAUGUCUCAGCCUUGGCAACUACGUUGGGAUCGACCCGAAGCUCCCCGUAGUGACAACCUCACAAUGAUCCGCAUGUUUCGGACGAACAUCAACAGGGGAACACUUGAUCAGCUUCUUUCAGCGACACCAAAUCUCAAGUGGUUCACCCACGAACAUGAGAUUUUGUUCAACGCCAAUACGCCGGGAGCGCCUCCCUUGUCUCCAUAUCUCAAUCUCGACGGGCUGAACAUUGCUCUUGCGAACCUGAAGAACACUCUUGAAGAGUGCAAAUUGACUCUUGGUCUGGUCCCGGGUUCUCUGUCUCCGAGCGAGAUCCUCUAUCAAAACCUCCAGUUUCCAGCUAUUCAGGGAACCCUUACCAUUUUGAAAGAGAUGAGGAGUCUAACUCGGGUUGAGGUACCGAUGGUCAUGUUUCUGGGCUGGUUUUCCGAUUUCGCGGCUCACUUGGAGGAAGUGCUCCCACCGAGCAUUCAAGAGCUUACCUUGCGCGACGACUUCGUGGCUUACUGUCCGUGGGCAGUAGGGUUUAACUGCAAUAAGAAGGUUGGACGGAUUGGAGAGUACCUUGAGCAGAGAGCUGCCUACGCCCCACAGCUGCAUACUUUCAAGAUCAGAUUAUCGACAGCGGCGAAGAACGAUACUUGGUUGCUGGAUGCAGUCAAGGAUCUCGGGGCGCCAAUUGGCGGGAGAGGCGUUUCGUACUGGGUUGUGCCGGAAAAGAGAGCAGAAGUAUAUUGCUGGCGCUUCGGAAAGGACGACGGGACCUGGGAGGCAUUGAGGAAGGAUAGUAUCAUACCCGGUAUGUUUCCUUCCACUUAGCGGCUCUACUGAUCACUUUCUCGCUUGUUCUUCUGGACGAGUACACGAUGUCACGAACUUCUCGCGGCGCAUAUUAGCGCUUCGAAACAUAAUA